CCUGUCAAAUCAAAACAAAAAUAUUUCUGAUUUGCAUUGCCUCUAAGAUUGCCUUGUUGCCGAUCGGCGUCUUUUCACCUGUUUAAUAAAACAGUAAACGAAUGCUGUUAUUGAAGCAAACCAUAGAAAAGUGUAUGAAUUAACAAUAUCACCGACCGAUGUCAGAUACUUCCAUUCAGGUCAGUGCUAAAGAAGAGCCACCGUCAAAAAUACCCGAGUCUGUAAAGAAAAUAAUAUCAAUGGAAAAAGACAACGAAACUAGUGCGAAUCGGAAAUCAAGAAUUGAUCUCAAUGCUCUGCCUACACGACAAUACUUAGACCAAACUGUAGUACCCAUUCUUCUCCAAGGUUUAUCCGCACUAGCUAAGGAAAGGCCUCCAGACCCAAUCAACUACCUGGCAGCAUAUUUACUCAAGAAUAAAAGUACCUUUGAAAAUAGCAACUCCGGAGCUAAUAAUAAUCCAACCCAGAACCCUCAAACAUGAGUUAUUUUAUAUAGGGUGUAAAAAAGAUGGAUACUCUGUUUAAUACCAAAUAGAAACAUAGUGUAUAUAUACAGGGAUUCUUUUAGGUUAGCUUUUCAUGUUCUGUACUCAGUUCUUAUAAAACCAUAGAGCAUGAUGGAUUCAAACAUUAAAUAUAAACCAUGGCAUCCCUUGGUUCUUAAUUGUGAAACCAAAACUUCAGAAUUAAUGUUAUAGAAUUUAAAUAGCUAUUGCUAAAGAGUGAAGAGUACAUUAUGUCUCUUUAUAACUUUUAGCAGAUUUCACUUGGUCUGUGUGGCCCUUUUUGUGUACAGGCAUUUGUGUAUUUUUAAAUACUUAAAACUAAGGGUGGCCUUUUUAAACAAAUACAUUUCUUAAUUAAAACAUGGUUAAUAUGAAAAAUAACUCAUUAUGAAAUGUGUCUUCCCAUGUCUAUAAAUUAAUUUGAAAAUGUUUUUUUCUAAGAACACUUCAAUUCAACAUUGUCAACCUGUAUUUUAGUACCUAAAGGGUUCAUUUUCAUACAUUGCAUGUUAUAAAGUGCCGGCCACUUGACAUUGUAUGCAAUAAAUAAAAAUGCCUGCUCUAGUUCAUAACUAAUAGUAAAUAUCAGUUGUAUCCAUCUUUUUUGUAUGUAAAAUUUAGUUAAUAAAUGCAGAACAUUUAUGAUGUC